AUGAUGUGAAGAACGGAAAUGCUUCCCGCUGUCUAAUCUCUCAUUAUGAUGUCUAACGAUCAAAUGAUGGUCCGGUAUGCAGCUCCCAAAGCACAUUCCGCUUCAUGUGUACGGUACAGAAUCUGCUUCUAGACGACCAGGAAGGACAACUUCUGCUCUUCACGAUAUCAAAGAAAGCAUUCAACGUUGCUGGGGGAAAAAGCACUUGAGAAGGAUCGUUAAGGCUUACACUGGCGAGAAAGGACGGUUUGAAGCUCUCCCUCGCCACGGUUCAAGGCUGAUUAUUUUCAACUUUAUGUGCACGUACGUAGCACUCCGCUUCGGAAAGUACUGUUAGUGUUCAAUCAGCAAAGGAGCUUGAUAAGUUCGUAAGCACCGAUCGUCUACGUUGACGGAACGUUGUAAAGUCGAAGGACUGAUUGUUUUCUGUUGGACGCAGUUGGGUGUUGACAAGAUAGAGAUUUUCGCGCGAAACUAGUUUUGUUGGCUUCUCGAGAGAGGAACGUUAGAAUGUUGAAGUUUGAAGUUUAAGUAAAAUCCUUGUACAGUGGUCUAGAUUAUCCUUUGCACUGCAAGAUUUCCUUUGCGUCGAUGAGACAUUGACGAAAUCGUGGAAACACAAUAUCCAUUAAAAUCCUUGUACAGUGGUCUAGAUUAUCCUUUGAAUUGCAAGAUUUCCUUUACGUCGAUGAGACGUUGACGAAAUCGUGAAAACACAAUACCCGCGUUGAAUGGCUUUCGUCUCCUUGUUGAAUCCUUUCGAAUUAAAACCAAACAUGUUGUCGACAUUUUUUAUGAUUAUCUUCGCACUUUCUACAAAUUGCAAAGCUUUCGCCACGGACGUCCAUUGGGUAGUGUCGUCAGCGGGCCGCUGCUCUCUAAAUGAUACGAUUUCUGGACUAUGUGCAAGCAAAAGAACAAUUCAGUGCGUCGUAAAAGAAAGUGAGCGAAUCAUACCUGAUUAUUACUGUGCUAACUUGACUUCAAAACCCUUAGGGCAUUUAAAAUGCGGCAAUUGUCCCGGACGUUGUGUUACCAGCAUGUGGUCAUCAUGGCAACCCUGUGACGUGGCGUGCGCGCGCACGUUCCGUUUCCGGACGCGCAGUGUUUUGUGGAAAGACGUCGAUUCGGCGACGUGCCCCACGCUACUGGAGACAUCGCCGUGUCCCGAAUGCGCAGGAAGUGCUCAAAGUUUCUAUUUUUGGAGGGUAGGCGAAUGGGGAAGUUGUCAUGUUUUUACGAAAAAGAAGAUUUAUACAGCUAACAAUAAGCGACCCUCGCGUGCUAACGAUGGUGGUUUAUGUGGACCGGAAUUGAAAAUUGGUCAAGUGACGCGAACGGUAAAAUGCAUCGAUACGAAUGGCGUCGAGAAAAAAAAAAGUCUUUGUAUGAACGCUAAAGAUAAAGAUGGGCGAAUAACACAGGAACCCGAACAGAGCAUGGUUUGCCAUUUGCCGUGUGAUUGUCACAUGUCGACAUGGAGCUCUUGGAGCAAAUGUCCCGGCAACUGUUCUUUCGGGAACGAAACUCGUACGCGCAAAGUUUUGUACCCACCACGACUAGGUGGAAGAGCUUGCGGCGCCUUGGUUGAAACACGAUCUUGCAGCACGAAAUGCCCCGAGUACAAAUGGUUUACAACGGCCUGGGGGCAAUGCGAUGCACUUGGGGACGGUGCUAGUACGUUUGAGAGCACGGGUAACAUAUCGGGCAGCGGUAAAUCCACUCGAUGUGGCAAUGGACUGCAGCAGCGCAUGGUCUUUUGUAUUGUAGCAAAUACCAACUUAAACUCUAGCGAGCUCGUGCCUGUGGGCAAUAGUCAAUGUGAUGACACAAAAAAACCUGUUGCUUGGCAACUAUGUCAAAUUCCUUGCUCUCAAGACUGUGUAGUUAGCAGUUGGAGUGAUUGGAGACCGUGCUCUAUUUCAUGUGGAAGUGGGGGGAUGAAGAGUCGGGUACGUCGUAUUGUUCGACCUGCAAGUCACGGGGGGCAUGAAUGCCCGAGCCUUAUAGAAAUGGCGCCUUGCUUUUCAGUUCCGUGUACGUCAUGGACAAAGAAGAUGUGGAGUGGUUGCAUGGGCACCGGAAGAUGUGGCGCAGGUAAGCUUCAUCGGACAGUCUUCUGUGUAAGUGGGGGUCAAUGGGUAGAUGACAGCAAAUGCACCUCCUUCAAACCUCCUGUCGUGUACGACUGUAUGGUGCCCUGUCCCAAGGACUGUGUGAUAAGCGAGUGGAGUAACUGGGGGGAGUGCUCAAAAUCUUGUGGCAAGACGGGGGGCGUGCAGAUCCGAGAACGGAGCAUCUUGGCAAACGCGUCUAAAACACGUCGUGCCUGUCCAACUGUGCUCAAACAAAGACGAAGAUGCAAUAUGAACAGUGCAUGCCAAGGCGAAAUGUCGUACAUGUGGAAAAUGUCUGAAUGGGGAACAUGCACGAAACACGUGAACGGAAGCUGUGGUUUGGAAAUGGGUGAACGAAAGCGGAUUCUUCAUUGUGGGAAUGGAGUGAAGAAUUUCGCGAAUAAUACGAGAUGCGGUAAUCUGCCGAUGCCAGCUAUUGUAAAGAAAUGCGACGUGCUGUGCCCGCAAAAUUGUGAGGUCAGCAGAUGGAGUAAGUGGUCGAAGUGUAACGCGACUUGCAGCUCGAAAGGCAUUGAAAUUUGUACUCGGUUCGCGGUGCAACUUCCAUUGAAUGGCGGUUUGCCAUGUCCUCCGCAAAUGAUCCAUGGCAUGGAAACGAAAACUCGAGCGUGUACGACAGCGGCCGAAGCUUGUUACGAGUACUCAUGGAGCAGUAGUGAUUGGACACAUUGUCAGAUGCUACCUCAAGCCAAGUUGACGCAGACCAAUUGUGGCAACGGCUAUCAGACCAGGGUGAUAUCUUGCGUGAGAUCUGACGGAGAGCUUGUGGAUAAUUUUUAUUGCCUGCAGUUUCGACUUCAGAUGCCACCUAUAGCAAUGAGGAGCUGUUGGCAACCAUGCAGUGAUCAUUGCGUUCGAAGCGGUUGGUCAAAGUGGUACGCAUGUCCAUCAACCUGCACGCGAGAUGCACCCGUGCGAUAUAGAAUGCGUCAAGUAGUCAAUUUAAGUCCCGCACGCGGGGGAUUCAGUGCCACCUGCCCAAAGCUUUCUUCGCUCGAUUUUGAAGAGAAAGAACCCUGUCCUAAGAUGCCGUGUAAAAGCUACAAAUGGUCUGUUUCGUCCUUUGGGAGUUGCAUUCCUCACGACAGAGUUACGAGUUGUGGCGAAGGUAGCCGAGAACGACACGUGUUUUGUCGCAAUAGGAAUGACUUAAGUUUGGUUGCGGAUUCUUUUUGUGACAAGGCAAAUAAACCGACGUUUUACCAACGUUGUGUUGUGGAGUGCGACCAAGAUUGUAUUGUGAGCCCGUGGGGAAAUUGGGACCGACAAUGUUCGAGUACUUGUGGGGAAACCGUGCACUCUAGAAAUCGCAGCGUCGUGAAGAAAAACAUUGGUCUCGGUCGAAUUUGUCCCAGUCUCUUUGAUAAGCAGCUUUGUCGUGAAGAACCGUGCUCGUCCUUCAAAUGGAAAGUGGGAAUUUGGAAGACCUGUGCCGUCAAAUCACGUUGUGGUAAUGGCACUCAAACUCGGCAAGUCACGUGCUCCCCCGACCCCGAUCGCGAUUGGUUGUGUUCGAGACAGGCUCCCAAACCUCUUUCAACGAAAACAUGCUCUCUUCCCUGUCCAGGUGAUUGCGUCAUGAGUGAAUGGUCUUCGUGGUCCAACUGCGCCAAGGGAAAACACGGUUGUGUGACGAUGCGUAGACGACAGAUUUUGCGGAAAGAACACGCGACGUCCGCGGUGAAAUGUUACCGAAAUGCAACGGAAGAAACAGCAAAUUGUAAAUGCCAGAGCGAAGGGGUGAUUGUGAUCAGCAAUUGGACGAGCUGCUUAUUGCAUAACAAAACUGGACCUGAUUGUGGGGAAGGUGUCCAGCACAGAUCAGUGAUAUGUGAAGGUGACAACGAAAAAGUCCUGGAUGACAAAUAUUGCUCAACCAUUGAAAAGAAUGCGAAAACCCGCCCAUGCAAAGUCUCGUGCCCCGUUGAUUGCUUUAUGGGAAACUGGGGCGAGUGGUCGCACUGCACCAAGAGUUGUGGUCUCGACGCUCAAACUCGACGCUUUCGAAGAACAAUAGUAUCCGGACAGAAUGGCGGGAGAAAGUGCCCUGUCGAAAUGCAAACUCGGCCGUGCCACGUGCCACCUUGCUUUACCUACCGUUUGAACAAUGGAAAAUGGGGAAAGUGCUAUGUCGAUGGUCGCGGGUGUGGUCGGGGGUUGCAAGAAAAGGAGACGACGUGCGUUAGAAGCGAUGGGGAAGUUGUCGGUCUUCAUUUUUGCUUUGGUUCAGUGAUAAAAUCCUCAGAUGUUCACUUGAGACUCAAUGUUCUUCGCAAUAUCAUCAACAACAGUUCUCAGCUCUCAAUUACGUCAUCCCGUAAUUGUGACGUAGCAUGUCCCGGUGAUUGCGUAAUGUCUGAGUGGAGCGAAUGGAGCGAAUGUGGAAGAAGCUGUUUUUCAAACACAACUGAACAUCAACAAACUCGAACACGAGUCGUUAUAUUUAAGGCAGAUGCGGGAGGGAAAGCUUGUUCCUCUGAUCUUCUACAAACACAAAAAUGUCAGACACAAAAGUUGGGCUCCCCGUGUAUUGGUACGCUAUGGAAGACUUCACCGUGGUACACAAAUGGCACACGGACGGUUUGGUGUGAGACUUCAAAUGGAAUAAAUGUAACUGGUGGAUGCGCAAUGCUUAACAAACCAUCGGUCAGAAAAAUAUGUACGCCUUCUUGUUCAGAUUCAAAUUCCCAAUGCGAGAAUGGCGUAUGUGUUUGUAAAUUGUACUACGAACUCUUCAAUGGUGAAUGUAUUCCUGUCAAUGGCUGUCUUCGCGAUACUCACUGCGUUUUGAAGCACCAAGUUUGCAAGAGUGAAAAAUGUUCGUGUGCGGAUGGCUUCGCUUGGAAUGCCUCUUCUUCUUCGUGCAAAUUAUUGAGCAUAAAUGAAAAAACGGUAACUAUGACAACGAAAACGCUUGCCACCAUGGGAAAAACGGAAACUACCGAAACGACAACGGAAAUUGAAACGGACGUGAUGUUGUCCACCACAGCUUCGCCACAAAUUGACGCGACAAAUGAAAGAAGUUCCAGCGCACCGUCCUCUAAGAAGUCCACAAUCACGAGUACUACUAAAGCAACGAAAAAUAUUUCCGUCAUCGUAACUCAAGAAAUGUUGAACAGUCCGAGCACGGAGAAUCCCGACAAGAAGGCAAUAUAUGAUUCUGACGAUGGAAUUACAAAUGAAUUUUGGAAAUGGAUCGGCAUCGGUAUUGGCGCUCUCGUUUUCUUCCUCGUUUUGGCUGUUGGCUUUUACUGUUACUCGAGGAGAAAUCGUAAAGCAAAGCACAAAAUGAUGAAACUAAAGAGAAACACAAUCGAACUGGUCGGAGUGGUCACCUAUAGCGAGGAAGGAAAAACUGACUCGAUUUGACCACUUCGUAUUCGAAAUUAUUUUCAAAAAACCUGACAAAAUGAACGAAAAGUUUCAUUAGAAGAGUUUUUGGAAAGAUCGACCGGUGUGGUGGAGGAACGAAAUUUAGAUGUGACUAUUGCAUUAUAAUUUAUAAUACGAAAGUUGAGUAUAUAUCAAUGAACUUUAGACUCGAAAUUACGAGCGCAAGAACGACUGCGAUCAUCGAAUUGCCACCAUGUUGAUGUUUUUCGGAAACGUUUAAAGUCGGAAUAUCAACUUUCCAAUAUCGCAGAUACUGGCAGAAGAAGUUUCGUAGUCACGCGUCGUCGAAAUUCAAAAGCGCCGAGAACCCGGUGUUGCCCCGUGGUUAUUUAUACUAGUUUUAGAGGUUUCGAUUUAUAUGUACAUAUUAAAUAAAAAAUUUUAACGGCAGCAAAUGUCCAAAAAUUAGAAGAGAAUCAAUGAAAAAUAGAGUUUUUACAUAAGA